AGGCCUGAGCUGCUGCUGGAUUCCAGCUCUGAACCUGAAACCUCCAGUCUGUCUCCACUUCAACCUCCACCUGUCUGUCCUCCACCUGUCUGUCCUCCAGACCCGCCUUGCUGUCCAGGACUCGAUCCCUGAUACCCCAGACCAGGACUUGGACUAACGUUAUACUUUGUCAGAGGUGGAAGCGGCUCAGACUGCCGCGUUUCCCUCUUUUUUCUACCAAAGCCAGAGUCUAUGUGAGGUCAGGACCCAGAAACCAGAUUCUGUUUGAGGUGUGAGAUAUGGAGACACGGAGCUAAAGAUGGGAUCAGUCGUGACGUAUUUCCGCCAGUUGUUUGGUAAAGAGAAAAAGAAAGAGGAGGAGCGAUACCUGAGAGCCAACGACAGACCGUUCAACCUGUCCUUCAGAUACGCUAAUAACGCCAUCAGGACCUCCAAAUACAACAUUAUCACGUUCCUGCCUCUGAACCUCUUUGAGCAGUUCAGGAGGCUCGCCAACGCCUACUUCCUCUUCCUGUUCUGCCUUCAGCUCAUCCCUCAGGUCUCCUCUCUGUCCUGGUUCACCACCGCCGUCCCUCUGGUUCUGGUUCUGGGGAUAACAGCAGUCAAAGACGCCAACGAUGACAUAAACAGACACAGAAGUGAUAAACAGGUGAAUAACCGGCGGGUGGACGUCCUUGUGGAUGGAGAACUGAGGAAUGAGAAAUGGAUGAACGUUCAGGUCGGAGACAUCAUCAAACUGGAGAACAACCAGUUUGUCACGGCCGACCUCCUGCUACUGUCCAGCAGUGAACCUCUCAACCUGGUCUACGUGGAAACAGCUGAGCUUGAUGGAGAAACCAACCUGAAGGUGAAGCAGGCGCUGACGGUAACGGGAGAGAUGGGAGACUCCAUCGACCUGUUGGCUGCUUUUAAAGGUGAAGUUCGCUGUGAGCCUCCCAACAACCGUCUGGAUAAAUUCAAAGGAACGCUGACCAUGGACCAGCAGGUGUCUUCUCUGGACAACGACAAGGUGCUGCUCAGAGGAUGUACCCUCAGGAACACCGAGUGGUGCUUUGGCCUCGUCGUCUUCGGAGGUCCCGACACCAAACUGAUGCAGAACAGCGGGAAGACGGUCUUCAAACGGACGAGCAUCGACCACCUGAUGAACGUCCUGGUGCUGUGUAUCUUCGGUUUCCUGGCCACCAUGUGCACCAUCCUGGCCAUCGGGAACGCCAUCUGGGAGGUGAAGGAGGGAUCCGUUUUCACGGCGUUUCUUCCUCGAGAGAACGGCAUCAACGCCGGCCUCUCCUCCUUCCUCACCUUCUGGUCCUACGUCAUCGUGCUCAACACGGUGGUGCCCAUCUCCCUCUACGUCAGUGUGGAGAUCAUCCGUUUGGGGAACAGCUUCUACAUUGACUGGGACAGGAAGAUGUAUUACCCCAAAAACGACACUCCAGCCCAGGCCAGAACUACCACGCUGAACGAGGAACUGGGUCAGAUUAAAUACAUCUUCAGCGACAAGACGGGCACCCUGACGCAGAACAUCAUGAGCUUCAACAGGUGCUCCAUCAAUGGAAAGGCCUACGGGGAGCUGUUUGACUUCACUGGACAGAGGCUGGAGAUAACGGAGAAGACAGACAAGGUGGACUUCUCCUGGAACCAGUUGGCUGAUCCAAAGUUCGUCUUCCAUGACCAGAGUCUGCUGCAGACAGUGAAGGACGGAAACCCGGAGGCUCAGACCUUCUUCCGUCUGCUGGCUCUGUGCCACACCGUCAUGCCAGAGGAGAAAACAGAGGGAGACCUGAUCUAUCAGGCUCAGUCUCCUGAUGAAGGUGCUCUGGUGACGGCAGCCAGAAACUUUGGUUUUGUGUUUCGCUCUCGUACACCAGAAACCAUCACCGUCAUGGAGAACUGCAGGAAGGUCGUCUAUGAGCUGGUGGCUGUUCUGGACUUCAAUAAUGUGCGGAAAAGGAUGUCGGUAAUCGUCCGUAGCCCAGAUGGAAGGAUAACUCUGUUCUGUAAAGGAGCAGACACCAUCAUCUAUGAACGACUGCAUCCCUCCUGCAGUAAACUGAUGGGAGUCACCACCAAACAUCUCAACGAUUAUGCAGGCGACGGUCUCCGGACGCUGGUUCUGGCCUACAAGGACUUAGAUGAGAGCUACUUGGCAGAGUGGAGACAGCGCCACCAUGAGGCCAUCACCUCCAUUGAGGAUCGAGAGGAGAGACUGGAUGAAGUUUAUGAAGAGAUAGAGAAAGACAUGAUGCUGCUGGGAGCGACGGCUGUGGAGGACAAACUGCAGGAUGGAGUUCCUCAGACCAUCGAACAGCUGGCUAAAGCUGACAUUAAAAUCUGGGUGUUGACGGGAGAUAAACAAGAGACAGCGGAAAACAUCGGAUAUUCCUGCAACAUGCUGAGAGAAGAGAUGAAGGACAUCUUCAUAGUAGCAGCAAACACAGCUGAAGGAGUCCGAGAGGAGCUACAGACUGCUAGAAGGAAAAUGUGUCCGGAGGCAGCAGAGGAGCCAUCGGUGAUCAGAUCUCGAGCUGGACUGUUCUGGCUGCAGAAGACUCAGAGUGUUCAGGAUGAGAAGGUGGACGGAGACUACGGCCUGGUUAUUAAUGGACACAGUUUGGCCUUUGCUCUGGAGAAGAACAUGCAGCUGGAGCUCCUGAGGACGGCCUGCAUGUGUCAGACGGUGAUCUGCUGCAGGGUCACUCCUCUGCAGAAGGCCCAGGUGGUGCAGCUGGUCAAGAAGUACAAGCAGGCCGUGACUCUGGCCAUUGGGGAUGGAGCCAACGACGUCAGCAUGAUCAAAGCUGCUCACAUCGGAGUCGGGAUCAGCGGUCAGGAGGGGAUGCAGGCGGUUCUCUCCAGUGACUUCUCUUUCGCCCAGUUCCGGUACCUGCAGCGCCUCCUGCUGGUCCACGGUCGCUGGUCAUACCUGCGCAUGUGCAAGUUCCUGCAGUACUUUUUUUACAAGAACUUCACCUUCACCUUUGUGCAUUUCUGGUACGCCUUCUUCUGCGGUUUCUCUGCACAGACUGUGUAUGACGAGUGGUUCAUCACCUGCUAUAACUUGGUUUAUACGGCUCUACCGGUCCUCGGCCUCAGCCUCUUUGACCAGGAUGUAAACGACCGCUGGAGCUCCCGCUACCCUCAGCUCUACUCUCCAGGACAACUCAACCUGUACUUCAAUAAGAAGAUCUUUGUUCGCUGCAUGAUGCACAGCUGCUACAGCUCCCUCAUCCUCUUCUUCAUCCCCUGGGCCGCCAUCCACGACACGGUCAGAGAUGACGGGAAGGACAUCGCCGACUAUCAGUCCUUUGCUCUGCUGGCUCAGACCUGCCUGCUGGUGGUGGUGAGCAUCCAGCUGUGUCUGGACACCUACUACUGGACGGCUGUGAACCAGUUCUUCGUGUGGGGAAGUCUGGCCGCCUACUUCGCCGUGACGUUCACCAUGUACAGCAACGGCAUGUUCCUCAUCUUCACCUCCGCCUUCCCCUUCGUUGGUACAGCUAGAAACUCUCUGAACCAGCCUAACGUGUGGCUGACCAUGUUCCUGGCUUCCUUGCUCUGUAUUCUACCUGUGGUGGCGUUCCGCUUCAUUCUCAUCCACUUUCGUCCCACCAUUAACGACAAGGUGAGACAUAAGAUGAGGAAGGAGGCGCUGCCAGCCCCGCCUCCACGCCGCCCUCCUCAGCGCCGUCCCAGCACCCGUCGGUCGGGCUACGCCUUCUCCCACGCCCAGGGCUACGGGGAUCUGGUGACGUCCAAAAAGUUCCUGAGACCCCUGAAGAGUCGACCGGCCCUGUUCAUCCAAAAAGACUCUGCUCUGGCUCAGAACGAACCACAGCACUACCGGACCAUCACCGAGGAGCCGGAGAGGUCGAUGAGCCGCUAAAGGGAGGUAGGAGAGAAGAAGAACCUCUAAGUGGAGGUGGGCAGGGACAGAAACACUACAAGGAGUGGAUAUUUGAGUUUAUUUUCUACUUAUCAUGGUACAGUUCACUACUAUACUCAGUAUAAAACCUGCUGGUGUUUUCUAACGGAUGAAUGUUGAAUCUGCAGAAUAAAGAAACGUCGGUGCUUUAACUUGUUUUUGCUUGUAAGUACAACUUUCUGAUCCUGGUUUACUGGUGGUCAUUUUUUACACAGUCCUUCAGUUUUAGAUGUUUCUCAACAACUUUUAGUUCUUUUCUUUUCAGCUGAUCUCAGUUUGUAGAGUUUAAACCAGCAGUCGGUCCAGAGUUAGAGAAUCAGCUGCUAAAAACACAAUCUACCGCCAAAACAAGAGGUUAAAAUCACGUUAUUUUACUAAAUCUACGUACUUGUUAUUGUCUGACUUUAAUUUUCCAAAAACAUAGACCACAAAUUCAUGUGUUUUUCUUAAUAAUUCCAUUCUGAUUUGUCAUAAUAAUCGUGUGUGUAUAAAAUAUAUAUUAUAUAUAUAAGCAGCUCUAAAAAUCCUUCCAGUGAAUUUAAAUUUCUAAAUCAAACAUUAAUGAGGAAAACUUUUAAACUAAUCUCAUUUUAGGUCUAAAAUCACCCUGAGGUUUUUAAAAUGACCACAGCUUUAGUAACUAACUAUGAACUGCUAUCACAUUCAUUUCGCCUGAUUUUUGCACUACUUGUUGAGGUUUAUGUGAAGGUUAAAUAAAUGGCUGCAGCAGAUCCAAAGAACUGCUAAUUUCAUCCAACAGAAAUUUGUACUUGUUUGUUUUUUUAUCUAUAAAAUGUUGAAGUGAAUUCUCUUCCAGUCUGCAAAAUUCUAGAACUAUGAUUUCAGUUUUACUCGAAAUCAGUGAUUUUUCUUCCUGUGUUUUUUCUUUUAUAGUUUACAGAAGUAUUUACAUGAUGACUUUUGAACGUUGUUUUAUUGUUUGUUGGUCCCUUUAAUAUUCAUGAAGGUGUUCAGGAUGCAGCCAGGGGUCAGUGUUGGUUUAAACUGUGCUUUUAGAACCUCUAAAAUAAAGGUUAAUACUCAGACCGAGCCGUGACCUGCAUACAACAUACAUGACGUCCCACACGCUGUGACUUUAGAUCAGGUUUUGUUCUUUACUGAGACUGAAUCAUUUCUAACUGCAGGAUCAGCUGUGAAUAAAACAAACUGAUAAACUUG